AUGAUCUAUUUAAGUAGAUUGACAGUGUUUUCUAGAGGAUUUGAUGAUAAAAUAAGAAGAAUGUUUAUUUCUUCAUGGAGACCAUUUAAUUUAUUGAAAAAGAAGGAAAUACUUGGGGAAAGUAAUGGGGAUUUAAUUCCAUGGAAGAAAGAAAAGUCGUCAUUGGAUUAUGUUUUAACAUCAGUGGAUGCUAUUGUUAAUUGGGCAAGACAAGGAAGUAUUUGGCCGAUGACGUUUGGUUUGGCAUGUUGUGCUGUUGAAAUGAUGCAUGCAUCUGCUCCAAGAUAUGAUCAAGAUCGAUUAGGUAUUAUUUUUAGGGCAAGUCCUCGACAAUCGGAUGUAAUGAUUGUUGCUGGAACUUUAACAAAUAAAAUGGCACCAGCUUUACGGCAAGUAUAUGAUCAAAUGCCAGAACCUCGAUGGGUUAUUUCUAUGGGAUCAUGUGCUAAUGGAGGCGGUUAUUAUCAUUAUUCGUAUAGUGUUGUUAGAGGAUGUGAUAGGAUUAUACCUGUUGAUAUUUAUGUUCCAGGAUGUCCACCAACCAGUGAAGCACUUUUAUAUGGAAUUUUUUUACUACAAAAAAAACAACGAAAUCAAAAAAUCACACGUUUAUGGUAUCGAAAGUAA